GCAGUCGUGUGCGACCACGUCGCUCUGUCUCUUCCGACGCAUCCAGCAGGCGAGACCCGGCGUGCAGUGACUGUUUUUUUCCGUUGAUCGCGAGUGAAAUUCAGUGCCAAGUUGAGAACGCGGCGCGAGGCUGUCGAGCCGUCGAACAGCAAGAGAACAAAGAAGGUGUCGAGAAUCUGGCGUUCGCGUUGCGUCGGCCAGAAAACCGGUAAGCGGCGGCGCGAAGAUGUGAGGGGGAGCGCAGAGAUUGCCGCCUCGCAAGAAAAAACGACGACAGCAGCACCGAUUGGUUAUCUGCGAAGGUGACGAGCAACAAAGGGGCUACGGAGCGGACACAGCCGAAACCGGUCGUCCCUGACCUUAUUGCCAGAGCGCAGCCAAGGGAAAGCACUCGUUCCCACGUGUACGCGAGCGACCGCGCCAGUCCAAUUAGCGUCCAGCUGCGUUCUCGCUAAGCCCGGCUCGUCGCGAGUGCUCGACCAGCCGCGGCGGCGGCGGCGGCGGCGGAUCGUUCUCGCAUGGCGCGGAUCGCCGCUGCAAGCACGCCGAGGCAAUGAUCUUGCCGUGUCCGACGACCGAGGCCGGCAGCGCGUAGUGCGCAUCGACGACGUCGCGGCAUUCGCCGAAAAGCAGGGAGCACAAAGGCCUCGAGCGAGCGAGCGACUGAGCGAGACGAGAAGAGGAAGGAUGGAGGACGAGCUGCGCUGCCCGUCCUGCAAGAAGUUCUUCAGCGAGCCGGUGCUGCUGCCGUGCUGGCACGCGCUCUGCCUGCAGUGCGCGGUUGGCAUGCAGGCGCCGCCGGACUCGCCGCCGGAGUCCACGACGGACUCGACCAACAACAGCAGCACCGGCGGCCCGGGCUCCGACCAGGAGGCCGACAAGCUGUCCAUCCUGUCGGAGACCGACUCCGGCGUGGUCUGCUCCAGCUCGACAGCGUCCACGGGCUCGCGGCCCGGCAGUUACGUCGGCACCCCGGGCAACGGCGGCUGCUUCCCCCCGAGCGGGGGCACGCUCUGCCUCUCGUGCCCGCUCUGCCAGAAGACCGUCUUCUUCGACGACGGCGGCGCGCACAACCUGCCCAAAUAUCGGGCGAUGCAGCGAAUCGUCGACAAGUACCUGCACGCGAAGAAUCUCAAGCUCAUGUGCCAGAUGUGCGAAAAGGAGCCGCGCGAGGCCACGGUCGCCUGCGAGCAGUGCGAGGUGCUGUACUGCGACAGCUGCCGCGAGUCCUGCCACCCCAAACGGGGUCCCCUGGCGACUCACAACCUGGGCCCGCCGCAGGGCAGCUGGGCGACGAGCAACGGCACGGCGUCGCGGGGAUCCAGCCUGCAGAGGGAGAACGGCGUGGGCGCGCCGAGCUGCUUGGAGCACGUCGGCGAGACGGUCAGCCUGUACUGCGCCCUCUGCAAGAUCGCCGCCUGCGGGCUCUGCCUGCGCGACCGGCACACCACCCAUCCUCAGGACGUGCUGCCACUGGCAGCCGCCUGCAAGGCGCAAAAGACGGAGCUCUCGCAGAACCUGCAGCAGCUGUCGGAACGGGCACGCUCCACCACCGAGUUCAUUCAAAGGCUCAAAAGAAUGACCGACAAAGUACACGAGGAGUGCCUGUCGCUGGAGGAGGAGGUGGAGGAGCGCAUCGACAGCCUGGUGCUGAUGCUGCAGUCGCGCAAGGCCCGGCUGAUCGAGGCGGCGCGGCAGACGCGCGAGGCGCGCGUGCGCCUGCUGCGCGACCAGGUGUCGCGGUGCGCGGGCCACCUGCAGACCACCACGGGCCUGCUCACCUUCUGCAUCGAGGCGCUCAAGGAGACGGACAGCGCGGCCUUCCUGCAGAUCGGCGGCAUGCUGGCGAUGCGCGCCUCCGCGGCCGCGGGCUCCUGGGGCUCGGCCGAGGGCGCGCACGAGAUCGCGCGCAUGCCGCUGCUGGACCUCACGCUCGACGACAAGCCCGUCAGGCGGGCCAUCGACCAGCUCACCUUCGUGCAGAUGAAACCCAUGGAGGGAGAGGACCGCUUGCCUACCACAGCGCCAGCAGCGCCGCUGCUCAUCCCCGAGGAGUGCAGCGCCGAGAACAACAGCGUGACCGUGGCCUGGCAGCCGCCGGCGUGCUACGCGGGCCAGCGAGCACCGGCCAUCGAGGGCUACCUGCUGGAGCUGGACGACGGCUGCGGCGGCGAGUUCCGGGAGGUGUACUGCGGCCGGGAGACGAUCUGCACGGUAGACGGUCUGCACUUCAACUCGCUGUACAACGCGCGCGUGCGAGCCUUCAACAGCGCCGGCGAGGGCGAGUACUCGGAGCUGAUCGGGCUGCAGACGGCCGAAGUGGCCUGGUUCUCGUGGGCGACGACGACGGGCCUGGCGCAGGAGGUGAGCAUCUCCGAGGACCGGAUGAGCGCCUCGUGCGAGGGCUACGAGCACCGGGUGGUGCUGUCCACGGUGGGCUUCUCCCGGGGCGUGCACUACUGGGAGCUGAGCAUCGACCGCUACCACAGCGACACCGACCCGGCCUUCGGCGUGGCGCGCGCCGACGUCUCGCGCGACCAGAUGCUCGGCAAGGACGACCGCGGCUGGAGCAUGUACAUCGACCGGCAGCGCUCCUGGUUCAUGCACGGGGCCGUGCACGCGCAGCGCACCGAGGGCGGCGUGCAGCAGGGCUCCACCAUCGGGCUGCUGCUCGACCUCGAGCGCAGCCACAGCCUGCGCUUCUUCGUGAACGACCAGCCGCAGGGCGGCGUGGCCUUCCGCGACCUCUACGGCGUCUUCUACCCGGCCAUCAGCCUCAACCGCGGCGUCAGCGUCACCCUGCACACGGCCCUCGACGUGCCCGGGCACCUGCUGCUGCUGCUCGACCGCCAGCAGCUCGACGACGCCUACGUCGGCGCGGACGCGCUCCAAAGCUAGGGGUACCUCAGCGUGCUCAGGAAGGGGCUGCUCGUGCACGCCGAGCUGCUGCACUCGCCCUGCUCGCAGCCGGUAAGCCCUCGGCCGAGCGCCGCCUGCGGCGCGCGCCCAACGCCUCCUCGUGCCGCUGUGCUUGCAGGUCCACGAGCCGGCCGCCCAGCUGCAGACGCUCGAGCGGAUCGUCGAGGAGAGCCUGGCCGACGUCUGCGCCUAGGCCGCGCUGCUCAAGGGGAGGGAGCCUUCGGUGCCAUAGUGCCGCUGGAGCGGCCGACGCGGAAC